UAAACUAAAAAUGAAAACGGGCAACCAAAGAGAUAUUACAAGACUUAUAGGAGACAAGGUCUCCCAAUUCUAUGCUAAAAAUGUGCUCCCUCGGCCAAACCUCAGAUUUGCAAGAGCCAAGCAUAGUUCUCUCACUCGAAAUAAUUCUAGAAUAGCAGAGCCUAACACAAAUAAUUUCAAGCUAUCAAGAAUACCUGAGUUCAAUGGUAAAGCUAUACAACAGAUUACAUCUGAGAGAACUACUGAAUUUCCAGAAUUGAAAUCAGCUCAGAAAAUAACGAAAACUCUUAAAAAUAGUAGCAUUGUGCCUAAGAAGAACAAAUUCAGUCAGGCCAGAGUCUCGAUGGAUGAUAUUAAGAAGUUGGAUGCAAAGAGUGAACAUUUUUGGACAAUCAAGAAUAUUUUCGCAUCGAAUUCAAAGACAAAUGAGAAAUACCAGGAUCUCAAAACUUUGAGAAGCUUCCGGAAGAAUAACCGAUGGAUUGGCCAGGACAUCAAGAGUCCGGUUGUAAAGAAAAAUGAGAUGAUUAAGCUAUGCUUAACUAAAGCGACUCCUAAAAUUGUUCGUGCUCGGAAAUUUAAUUACGUCAAAGCCCAAAAUUCAGGCCCAGUGUAUUUGUCUCCAAGGAAGCUGUAUCUGAAGUAUAAGGCAACUGGAAAACUAGAGCAAAAACUCAAAAUCAAAGGAAAAUCUUCUAAACAGAAGAACUUGGAUAUUCUUAGAUUCCUUGAUCAGAGAAGAAAAGAGAGUGAAUACUUCCAGAACUUCAGUGAUACUUCUAAUAACUCCCAAAUCAGUGAAUCAAGAUAGGCAGAUGCUUAUUUUUUGCAUUUUAUAAAGAUUUGGAAUUCAUUUAUUUUAGUUUCAAAAGGGU